AUGCCUUCAGCCACUCUCGAAGCAGGGGCUGCCCUUGACAGCACGAUGGGCGCGAUGUUGAUCGGCGUCAUCAUCAGCGGGGUCCUCCACGGAAUCUGUUUAGUGCAAGCCUUCAUGUACUUCACAAGCUUUGCGAAGGAUCACUGGUUAAUCAAGACCAUGGUCAUCACGACAUGUACCUUCGAUGCCAUCCACCUUUUCUUCGUGUCGCACACCAUGUACCACUACCUUAUUCUGAACUUCCGAGACGAGGAGGCAUUGCAGAGGUUAAUUUGGUCGGUUCUGAUGGAAGCCUUGUUCACGGGUUUGAAUGCGGGGAUGGUCCAUACAUUCUACUGCUACCGUGUCUGGAAGCUCAGCAAAAGAAACUGGAUUCUCUCCGGAUUCCUCCUCAUCCUCAUCCUCGCAACAGCAGCGUCUGGGACUGCAUGGGUCAUUAUUUCGAUGGGUCUUGACACCUACCGACAACUCAUCAACAUCAACCCGCUCACCAUCACGAUCAACGCACUCUCUACGGCAUGCGACGUGCUCAUCGCACUGAGUCUCUGCACGCUACUCCAUCAAUCUCGCACGGGAUUCAAGAAGUCCGACACUAUCAUUACUCGUCUUAUGAUUUUCGUCGUCAACACUGGAGUACUUACGUCGAUGUGUGCUAUCUCAUCACUGGUAUGCUUGGUGGUGUCACCCAACACCCUGAUCUACGCCGCGUUCUACUUCUGCAUUGGACGAUUCUACACCAAUUCCUUCCUCGCCACCCUCAAUGCACGGAAAUCGUUGGCAGGAAGCGUCGAACCCAGCGAACGCUCGACGAGCCAUAUGGCCAUGUCGAUACCAGCGAGCGUACUCCACAGCAACAGCACUGGUCGCAAGAACCAGGACAUUGCCAUUCGCAUCGAGACGACGAAGGAGGCCGUCAUGGAUCUCUCUGAUCAGUCAGGCCAGACCGGCACAAAAGUGUCAUCGCAUGGGCUGUCGCGGGACGACAACCACUCAUCGGACGACGAAUUAGCGAUGAAAGCGCGACCAUUCUGA